UAACUCUUGAAACUAGAUUAAAAAUGGUAUUUAGGGGUAACCAAUCUUAUCGAAAACUUUUAGUACCCAUAAAACAUUAUGAAGCAAAGUCAUAAGAUUAAUUCAAAGUUAUGUUAUGAAAAUGGUGGAGGUCCAUACGUACUUAACAGCAGUGACGAAGCUUGACCCGAAUGACAGGGGGUCGAAAACGUAUAUACCAAAAAAUUUCUAUAGAACCGAGGGGUCGAAAACGUAUAUACCCAAAAAUUUAUAUACGAAAACUACAUAUAUAACACUACUGAGCGAAAAGUUCGAGGAAUCGGGUGCCCCCUCCGCCCCUUCUAUACUUCACCUGGUUAACAGAUAAAAACACCAACAUUACAAGAACAUAUUCAAAUUACAAAAUUAAUAACAGUUUUUUUUUAAUUCAUAAUAAUUUAAAAUUCUUUAUAACAAGUAAUGAAAUGAAUGUGAAUAUGAACUAAUGCAUAUUAAUUAGGCCUUGUGACUUGCUACAAGGUACACCUAACACUAAUUUCAGAGUAAUGACUCCUUGCACUUUCAACCCCUCUCACUUUCGGUCUAUAUCUUAUCUAUCUAUAUAGCAAACCUUUUUUUUUCAUUCACUCAUACAUUGCAAGUAUGAUGCGGUUAGCCAAGUCAUGUCUAUGGUCACGGAGCUUGUUGGCGUUUAGUGCUAUAACGGGAAUUAGCGCUAACAGUUUUGCGUCAACGGUACCAAGGAUUGAAAGGCGUGGUUCGUAUGCUAUACACACCCUUAAGGAGAAGGCGAUGUUGAUGGACGAAGGCGAACGACGAUUCCCACCGCAAUACCAGGACUCGCAACCGGGGAAAGAGUACCUCAUGAACCCUCUCCCACAAUUUAGCAACCCUAAUUACAAGCCAUCUGGCAAACUCCAUGGAAAGGUGGCAUUGGUGACAGGAGGAGAUUCAGGUAUUGGGAGGUCUGUUUGCUACCACUUUGCUUUGGAGGGUGCAACUGUAGCCUUCACUUACGUGAAGAAUGUCGAGGACAUAGACGCAAAUGAUAUGUUAAAGAUAACAAAUGAGUCAAGAGUUAAAGGCUCGGGUGAUCCGAUUGCAAUACCUACUGAUCUUAGGUAUGACAAGAAUUGCAAGGAUGUCGUAGACGACGUCAUCGCAAAAUACGGGCGCAUCGAUAUCCUGGUGAACAGUCCAGCUAUGCAAUACUAUGUGUAUUCGUAUACCUUAGAAGAGAUCACAGAAGAGAGGCUUGAAAAUGUGUUUAGGACCAACAUUUUCUCCUAUUUCUUCAUGUCAAGGCACGCCUUGGAGCACAUGAAAGAAGGAAGUGCGAUCAUAAACACCACAUCGGCGUUAGCAUACACGGCUACCCCGCCACAUUGGCUUGACUACAUUUCAACAAAGGGAGCCAUAGUGUCCUUCACAAGGGCUCUGGCAUUGCAUCUAGUUGACAAGAAGAUCCGUGUCAAUGGUGUGGCCCCUGGUGCUAUAUGGACACCAUUGCAAGCUGCGGCGCUCAAUGACGAAGAAAUAGCAACAUUAGGGUCAACCGCGCCUAUGGAUAGGGCAGGUCAACCUUAUGAGGUAGCUCCAUCGUAUGUGUUCCUUGCAUCCGAGCAAGACUCUUCCUACUUUACCGGCCAGGUUCUUCAUCCUAAUGGCGGAAUAAUGGUAAAUGGUUAGUCCUUGUUGGGUUCUAGAAUUUCAUUUGAUAAUGAAGUGAAGCAUACAUAAAAGUUUGGGUAUUUAAAAUAAAUCGACGUUUAGAUGUACUUGUAGAUAUCUUGUUGACUGUCAAAUAAAAGUUUGGGUAUUUAAAAUAAAUCCACGUUUAGAUGUACUUGUAGAUAUCUUGUUGACCGUCAAAGGUGAACUUCAUAUGAGUUAUAUGGAACGAUUGUAAUGAAGUCCUUAUAACGUCACAUACUAAUAGAAAAUACGGCAUGAUUGUGAAAUUGAAGUGUGUGAUAAUGGUACAUAAUGAAAAGAUGGAGCUUAAAGUUA